AUUGUGAUUCGUGAAUCAAAUCGAUUGGGAUUUUUGCACUUACUCAAAAAUUAUUCGUUAAAGAAAUUUCAUAAGCUUUUAUAUUAUGGCUUAUUUAGUACAGCCAGAUUAUGUGAAAUAUGUCUGCAGUUGCGGACAAAUGAAACCGAUUACUAACUUGUAUUUCUGUCGUCAUUGCUUAAAAAUUCGAUGUGGAUUCUGUAUAUGUCAUGAGGUUGACUCACAUUAUUGUGCAAACUGCCUAGAAAACAUGCCUUCAUCUGAAGCAAGACUGAAGAAGAACCGCUGCAGUAGUUGUUUUGAUUGCCCAAGUUGCUUUCAUACAUUAUCAACCCGUGCUACUAUGGUCCAGCCAAGACAGGACCCUGCCUCUGGUGAUGCUAAGGUUGAAAAUAAGCAGCCAAAGAAAAUGUACUAUUUGUCAUGUUUUAACUGUCGCUGGACAUCCAGGGAUGUUGGGAUACCGGACCAACCUGUUGCAUCUGGUGGCUGGCCAGAAAGGGUAAACCCAUUUGCAAAUCGGUUUGCACAGUUGAUGGAAUAUUAUAAGGCUAUAGCACAGCAAGAGAAACAAGAAAAACUUGAUAAAGAAAGAAAGAAGUUUGCUAUCAGAGGAAACUAUAUAACUCUUACUGAUAAAACGGGCCUGACUGGAGCCAUGGCUCGAAAUAGAGCGGGUAUGCCAUCUAGUGAGAGUACUUCUAGUGCAAUUGCUAACUUUGUGCUGAGUCAGGCCACGGAGGAAGUUGAAGAAUUGCCAGAUGACUACCACUCCAGGGAGGUUAACUUAAAAAUGAUAACAACAAUGCCACAACGUCUGGCAUCGCCAGAGUGGCAAGCCCAACAAGUAUCCCGCUUACAACCGAUUGCCCGUCCUCUGAGUGUGAAAAGAAGUCAGCGUUGCAGGCAAUGUGACCACAACCUUACUAAGCCUGAAUAUAAUCCUGGCUCUAUUAAGUUUAAAAUUGAGUUGCUUGCAUUCUACCAUGUUCCAGAAGUGAAGAUUAUCUCAUAUGAGACAAUAAAGCCAGGUGUUACAUCAGCAUUGCUGCUGAAGCUGACAAAUCCGACAGCUCACGAAAUGCAAAUACAACUCAUACAACCAAAUGAAGUGCCUGAAAUUGAAGAGAAAGAAGAACCCAAAAAUAUUGAGAAGUCAUUGGAAAAAUCACUAAACUUGGAAAAGGAUAUGUCUUGGAAGUCGGUUGUGGAACGCAAGCCAACUUUGCCCUCUGCAAUAAAAGUGAAUAACCCAGAGCUAACCUUUACCCUUGCUCAAAGAGAUGAUGCUGCUGAGUAUGAUGAUGAUUCGCAUCAUGACACCAAUGACAUAAUACUUUGGAGGAAAUCCAACAAGCUAGCACUUCGUCUGCAACUGACAGCUGAUGAAAAUGCUAAAGUGGGUCUUCCAGCAGUGGCUGUGAUUGCUUUACAAUACACAUAUCGAAACACAGUUCCACCCACUUCCACUCAGCCCAGAGACCACACCCUCUACACCACAGUCACCAUAGAUCUUGGAAUUGUUUCUCAAUAGUAAAAACACUUAAACAUAAUUUUUUAUAAUAAGAAGUAAAUAAAAUAUAUUCUAUAUUAUAAUAUAGUAUUUUAAGGUCUCAUAUUAAUUUAUUGCCAUGGCAUCUUUUAGUUAAAUAAGACUGAAAAUGCUCGUUAAGUGAUAUUUAUGUUCCCAAAAUAACUUGAGAUUAUUUGAGCAAAAAUGAACUUGCAUUUUAAAAAAGUUUUUUUGCUAUCAAUAUAAACAGUUUCAGGGGAACCUUUUGCUUGUAUUAAUGUGAAAGCAAUGCAUAAUGAACUUAUUAAAUAGGUGCUACAAGUAGUUGUAAGUUUUAUGCACUUAUCCAUAUUCUAGUCUUAAGAUUUUUUUUACCUUAACAGCUUUAUCAUAUUUUGGUUGUUACUUCUAAAUGUCAAAAAAGUAUUAUUUAUUUUAAUGUAAGUUGAACAAUAUCGAAUAUCUUUUGAAGUCGUAACAUUAACAACAAAUACAGAUAUUGCUUAAACUAAUAUUGUUUCUUUAAUUGUUUUAAACAUCCCAUCUCAAAAUUUGAAAAGUCAAAGUUAAAUCAUUUAUUUCAAUCAGACCACCUAAUGUGGCAACGUUAAAUAAAAUAUAAAGAUAAUUCUAGUUGCCUCUUCCAAAAGGUAGUUUUGAGUGGAGAAGAAUGGGCAAGAAAUUCCAGAAAUGGGUAGAAAU